CAGAUAAUUGUAGUCAAUGACAAAGUUCUCAUGUCAUACUUGAGUAAUUGUUAUUGUUAGGUAUUAAAAGGGAUAGAGUAAAAACUGGUAGUACCCUAGUUGAAAUGUGUGUGUAAAUCACUUGUUCACAACUUGUAAUGUAUUAUUCUUUUAUGAUACAGUAGUUCGGUAGAAGAGGACGUAAACUUCAAACGGAUCGAUAAAAGUGAAUACGAGGAAAAAUACAAAGGGACACUUUUUUGCGACAGGACACAUGUCAAACUACUAGAACGUACAGGAUGAAAACUUCACUGACAUUAUUGUUGGUUUUGCUGGUGCGAACCGUCGCCCUGCCGACACUAAGUGGAGGCGAUAAUGUGACACAACCAAGUGUCACACAACCACGGACAGCUACCAUCAUUAAACUUCCAGCGGCACCAGCUUUGCCUACGGUUAAGAAAGACCUCCCUCCAUUACCAACCAUUAAAACAAGGACCUCAACCGUCAUCAAAACUGAGUUGCCACCGGGAAAUCGAGGUGCUUUACAUACGAACAAUAUCACAAAAUUUGUUCCACUCGAACAUGCUGACAAUCCGUCAAAAUCUGAUGUACCGUAUGUUGCUGCUUCAGUACUGAAAAACUGCGAGAUUAUGCCAGAAGACAAGGGAUUAACGUCUCGCAUCGGUGCUGCUCUUAACAGUGGAUCAAAAAUGAUAAAAUUUCAUCUGCAUAUCAAACGCCCAGAACGACAGUUUUACGGAUAUAACGAAAGCAACGUAUACAAACCAUUCUUUUGGGUUCGAUCCACAGGUCGCCAUGGAACAGGACUGUUGCUAUUGAGGCCGGAAUAUGACGUGUUGUCUUUAACAACCCUUGAACUUGGUGUAGAAACAAUGCACGUGAAUAUUACUGAGAAUCCAAGUUACUGUCUUAGCCAGCUGUCAUAUUCGGAUAUUGAGGUACUUUUCCGGGAACUGGUUAUGAAUGAUUUUCAAAAUACAAGCUCAGGGGUGAUUGUGAAACUGAAACCAACAGAUCAUGUUUGUAACAUGCACGUGACGGAUAACGAUGGUGUUGCAGAGUUUAGGUUUCUGUGUUGCCAGAGAAGUGAAACUAAUCAUAUAAGUUGCAGUUAUUUGCAGUCCGACACUUGGCUGAAUGUACUAUUUGUUGUUAUAGUAGUUUUAAAAGUUCUCGUAGUUUUGUUUAGUCCAAGAUUAAUACCAGAUUCUUUUUAUCGUCUGAAACAUGUAGCUGCUCCAUAUAUACACAGGUUGCAGCAGCCUCUAUCGGUGAAAGCAGUCGCCACAACAAAUCCUGAACAGUUCACAAAUGUGAAGAACAAGUUUAAGUUAACGAAGUUUAGAGAAAUGAAAAAGUUUAAAACAACACUACAAAAUAUGACUCUUGAUGUACCUUAUACUCUUACAAUGAAGCAAGUGUUUCUACGAGUAAAAUGUGGUCGUCUGCUGCCAGAAGAUUCCGCUCCAGUUGGAUUGUUUCGGACAAUGUAUGACUCAUUCUUCAAGUGCAAAAUCCGUGAAAGAUCAUCAGUUACAGAAUGUUGCAACUCUAAUUUCUUCACGUUUUCAACAUUCCACAAUAAGAGACUAUCUUGGUACACAGUUUUAAAGCGUUUUAUGAUAUCGAUUCUACUAAUACUGAUAGCGACUCCUUGGAUUAUCCGGAUUUAUGUCUACUUUCAGUACGAACACGGUGAAAUGCACAUGCGCAAAGAUGCUGCAUACAGGAAAUCUCUAGGUUUCUACUUCCCAGGGAAUUUCACGUUAUUGCUUACGCCGUUGCAUGUUCUGUUCGUUUUAAUCUACAUACUUUUGUCUUUUGAGUCGUGUAUCUUUGGUGUUAUGAGCCGGAAGAUGAAGGAACAGUUCAAAUUUGUUCUCCGGAAGUGCUUUCGGGACAUGCGCGAAAUGAAACAAAUGGACGUAAUUGGCUGGGUAGUAAAGGUUGCAGUAAAACCAUGUACUUUGUUCGGCGGAAUAGGAAUUUGUGUUGGACUUGUAACCUGGACAUUAAGUCUGCCGUUUCUGCUCCUUAUUCUAUCGUUCUACUUGUUUCCGACUUUGAAUGUAACUUUACGUCUACUAGCUCAUUUUGCGGUGUAUCUCUUCCCCAAAAACGCUUGUAGUGAAAUAAGAAUAUUUGCCAGGCUCUCCAGAAUUAUAGACAGUAUUGAACAGAAGUUGGAAAUGCAAGAUAUCGCCAGAUUGGAAUCAUUAGAAAAACAUGAUUCAGUCCUUAUGUCGGGCUGGAAAAGACUUCAGCAGCUAGUCAUUAUUUCACUGUGCCUCCUGUCCAUGUAUUCAGUAAUAUUUCUGAUGACUGAGUUUGUAUCUUUCAUUGUCGAAAUAUUCGUCUAUACAUUAAUGGGGCUUAUUCUCAAUGCUUCAAUGACAUUAACAUACGUUUCACUUAUUUUCCUUCUUGGGGUCUACGGAAAUGACUGUUUUGGUGUUGUCAGUAAGAAAUUCCUUGCAUUUAACAAAACAAUGAAUUCCGCUGUACUAGAACUUGGUAAAGAGAAAGUUGAAAAUGAAAUUUAUUCUGAUGACGAAAAACAAGAAAAUAUUGCAUUCAGAGUAAAAACGGAAAGAGCAGAGACAGUUGAAAAUCCUGUGCAACUUGCAAAGAAUGCGGACGGUCUUCCACGGUGGCAAGUUUCUAGAAUGGUGCUUUUUCUUAGUAAGAAUGACCGACCAAUGAUUCCAAAGAGUUUUUACUUCAAGUCAUGUAAGAUGCCAUUCUACAGUGUUCCCGGAGAAUUGCUUGUUAAUUACUUGAGAGCAGCAGUGGAAUUCGGAAUGAUUUUGUUAUUCCUAAUGUUCGUUCUCGUUGUAGUUCUCGCAUUUGGGGACACGUACGAGAUUUCAGCAACCAAUAAAAUGCUUGCAACUAUUGCUGGUGGAUUUUUGCCAUUCAUGCUGAGAAACAUUGUUUUUAAAUCGCACGCGUUUCCAGUGGUGGAUAAAAGCAACAUGCAUUUCCAGGUUUGUUUGCACGACUUGUUAGAGGACCACCAGCAGACAUGGCCGAUUUACGACAUUGAUGUCGUUAACAGACAGAUGUCGAUCGAUGACAGUAAUUCGGAUACCCACAAUGAACGUGAAAACGAAAAUAAAAAUGCAACAGAAAUACCGGUAUUUGAAGAGACAAAUCCAUUCCUAAACAACGGAGAGCGCAGGAAUGGUGUUAAAACUAACAAUGAAGUCAUUGACUUAUUAAUUCAUAUUGCUGGAGAUAUAGACCAUGAAGACUUUCCCGGAAUGACUGCCGAAAAACAUGGCAGAAAUUACAACGGUUCUACCUCUUUACUAGACGAUCUGGAUCCAGAAGAAAAAGAAAUGCAAGAAAUUCUUAAAUCUAUUUAGAUGUAAUGAAAUCUUUAUGAAAACAGGAGAACUAACAAUAUGUAUGUUUAGCAAAAACAAGCUGAUUUUGAUAUUGUCACAGUAAUUUAGCCUACAAGUAGGAGUAUAUUGUUCUACUGGCAUAUCAGAAUUAUUGCUGUUUUAAAGUCACAUGCACAUUUUAGACAAUCCGGUGAAAUGAGAUAAAAGGGAUUUUAUACGUAUAUUCUUUAUAAGGUAUAUGCCCAUUUUAAUAUCAGUACAUUUUUAUGGAACUAUAUUUACAGGGUUUCUUUUUUAUAUUUUAUCAUGUAUAUAAGUUGUAUUUUAACAUGACUGUUUAUUGUUUUUAAACGUUACGGACAUGUUACACCAUGUUAACUGAUUUAUUUAAUUUAUUUUUUUAACAUUUCAGCACAAUUUCAAGCAUUUAAUGCGUUUUCUCGAAUUUUUAGCUUUAACAUUUUAACAGUGCGUAUGUAUCAUUCCGAUGUAAACGCAUGUAACAUUUGUUUUAGUGUACCAAGGGCAUGUAGAAUAUGAAUCAUUGUUUCUGUUAAAAGAGAAAGGCGGUGUUGAUGUUGGGCAAUAUUAAUGUUUUGUUUAGUUAUACGCUUAGGUUUUUAGCCAUUUAAAGCAGUGAAGGGAUUUUUAAAAUCGAUAUAAACAUGCAAAAUAUACAGAUAUUUCAAAAGUAGAUAUCAAAUUACUUAUAGCUACACUAAAUUCUUGCGUACAUGUGCACACUAUGAAAUUUUUUGAUCACCAUUUUUCUUUCAAAACUUCUCUGUAAGAUCACAAAUAUGGUUUUGUAAGAUAGUAAUUGAAAACAGUAAACACUUAAAGGUUGGACAAAGGUCGCUUUUUAUGGUUCUUUUCAAGUCGUCUAUCAAAAAGAAUGGUCUUUUGCCAUACUUUAGCUGUCUUAAUACUAUUUUUAGCUCGACUAUUUGAAGAAUAAGUAGAGCUAUCCUACUCACCACGGCGUUGGCGUCGGCGUCACACCUUGGUUAAGUUUUUCGUACCAGUCCACAUUUUGACAAAGUCUUUUGAGAUAAGGCUUUGAAACUUUCAACACUUGUUUACCACCACCAUGGCCAGUUAUAGGCAAGAGCACAUAACUUCAUCAAGGAUUUUGGCUGAAUUAUGGCCUCCUUUGACUUAGAAAUCAUGGUUAAGUUUUUCGUACCAGUUCAUAUUUUGACAAAGUUUUUUAAGAUAAAGCUUUGAAACUUUCAACACUUGUUUACCAUCACCAUGGCCAGUUAUAGGCAAGAGCACAUAACUCCAUCAAGGAUUUUGGCUGAAUUAUGGCCCCUUUCGACUUAGAAAUCUUGUUUAAGUUUUUCGUACCAGUUCGUAUUUUGACAAAGUCUUUUGAGAUAAAGCUUUGAAACUUUCAACACUUGUUUACCAUCACCAUGUCCAGUUAUAAGCAAGAGCACAUAACUCCAUCAAGGAUUUUGGCUGAAUUUUGGCCCCUUUCGACUUAGAAAUCUUGUUUAAGUUUUUCGUACCAGUUCGUAUUUUGACAAAGUCUUUUGAGAUAAAGGUUUGAAACUUUCAACACUUGUUUACUAUCACCAUAUCCAGUUAUAAGCAAGAGCACAUAACUCCAUCAAGGAUUUUGGCUGAAUUUUGGCCCUUUUUGACUUAGAAAUCUGGGUUAAUAUUUCGUACCAGUUCAUAUUUUGACAAAGUCUUUUGAGAUAAAGCUUUGAAACUUUCAACACCUGUUUACCAUCACCAUAUCCAGUUAUAGGCAAGAGUACAUAACUCCAUCAUGGAUUUUGGCUGAAUUAUGGCCCUUCUUGACUUAGAAAUUUUGGUUAAGUUUUCGUACCAGUUCAUAUUUUUUGUAAAGUGUUUGACGUAUGGCUUUGAAACAUUUAUCACUUGUUUAAUAUUAUAGUCUCUAUCUGUGGGAAAGAGUACAUAACUCCAUCAUGGAUUUUGGCUGAACUAUGGCCCUUUUUGGACUUCGAAAUUGGUUCUGUUUUCAUACAAGUCCACGUUUUGUCAAAACUAUUUGACAUAUGGCUUUUAAACUUUGAACACUUGUUUAUCAUUAUGAUUUCCAUCUGUAGGCAAGAGUACAUAACUAUGUUGACUGAAUUAUGGCCCUUUUUAGACUUUGAAAUUGGUUCAUACAUUGCCAUUUAGUGCAAGACUUAUCGAAAUCAAAGAAAUACAGGAACAUUGUUUGUCUAAUCUAUUUAUUUCUUUUGUCUGAAUAUCUGUGGAAAUAUUUUGACCCCAUUCUUCAAUCAAUUCUUCGAAUAGUCGAGCGCGCUGUCAUCAGACAGCUCUUGUUGUAACAUAUCUUUAUUUAUUCCACAGCCAUAAAGGCCAGUAGAUCAAGAUUGCCUGUGCGUUUUUAUUCUUUAUAUCAAAAAGCUAAACUAAUUCAAAGUUCUGCUAUAAAGUCCCCACACGUUCGUAUUUCGUGGGCUAUUUUACACAUUGCAUUUCUAAAAAAUACGUUAUUAAAAUAUUAUAAAUGCUUAUAUGAGCCGCGCCAAGGGAAAACCAACAUAAUGGCAUUGCGACCAGCAGGGAUCCAGACCAGGGGAAGGGGCUAUUCUACUCGCCCCGGCGUCGGCGUCGGCGUGACCUUUUUUGUUUAAGUUUUUCGGCAACCUUUGUUUUUCUUGUUACUAAUGCUUAUAUCUUACUGUAACUUCACAUAAACAUUGUCCAGCAUACAAACAAAGUAUGUGCAGAGAAUGGGCCCAUUAUACCCAAGGUCAAGGUCACCACAAUCUGACUAAAGUACAUCUCCUAUUACGCUACGCUUAGGAUCUUCGUUUAGAAGAUCAAGUACUUUAGUCAGAUUGAGGUCACCAAGGUGUUGCACUUAGGUAAUUUUUAAGGUUUAAGUUUUUCGGCAACCCUUGUUUUUAUGUCAUAUCUUUCUUACUAUUGCUUAUAUCUUACUGUAACUUCACAUAAACAUUGUCCAGCAUACAAACAAAGUAUUGCAGGGGCUGGGCCCAUUAUACCCAACGUCAACGUCACCAAGGUGUUAUACUUACGUUAUUUUUAAGGUUUACAUUUUUCGGCAACCUUUGUUUUUUUCUGUAAUAUCUUUGUUACUAUUGCUUAUAUCCAACUGUAACUUCACAUAAACAUUGUCCAGCAUACAAACAAAGUAUGUACAGGGGCUGGGCCAAUUAUACCCAAAGUCAAGGUCACCAAGGAGUUAUACUUGAAAUUAUUUUCAUGUUAAUUUUUCGAAAGCUUUAUUUAUAGACAUAUCUUUGGUGCUUUAAAAGAUAAUGACUUGAAAUUAAAAAUAUUUCUUUGUAAUCAUCAUCUGCAUGUGUGGUUACAAUCCCCAGAACUCUAAUUGUAUUUUUGAUAGAAUUAUGCCCCUUUCAUACUUAAAGUCUUUUUGGCAAUCUUUACUUUGUGGAUAUAACUCUAGUACAAUAUAAGAUAAUGACUUGAAACUUAAAAUGUAUCUUUGUAAUCAUCAUCUGCAUGUGUGGUAACAAUCCCCAUAACUCUGAUUUGUAUUUUUGACCAAAUUAUACCCAUUUAAUACUUAAAUUUUUUGACAAACUUCGUUUUUAGCUCAUCUGAUUUUUUGAAAAAAAAUGAUGAGUUAUUGUCAUCACUUGAGCGGUUGUCGGCGUCGGCGUCGGCGUCGGCGUCUGCGUCGGCGUUGCUUGGUUAAGUUUUAUGUUUAGGUCAGUUUUUCUCCAAAACUAUCAAAGCUAUUGCUUUGAAACUUGGAAUACUUGUUCACCAUCAUAAGCUGACCCUGUAUAGCAAGAAACAUAACUCCAUCUUGCAUUUUGCAAGAUUUAUGGCCCCUUUUGUACUUAGAAAAUAUCAGAUUUCUUGGUUAAGUUUUAUGUUUAGGUCAACUUUUCUCCUAAACUAUCAAAGCUAUUGCUUUGAAACUUGGGAUACUUGGUCACCAUCAUAAGCAGACCCUGUACAUCAAGAAACAUAACUCCAUCUUGCUUUUUGCAAGAAUUAUUGCCCCUUUUGGACUUAGAAAAUCAGUUUUCUUGGUUAAAUUUUAUGUUUAGGUCAACUUUUAUCCUAAACUAUCAAAGCUAUUGCUUUAAAACUUGCAACAGUUUUUCACCAUCAUAAGUGGACCCUGUACAGCAAGAAACAUAACUCCAUCCUGCUUUUUGCAAGAAUGAUGGCCCCUUUUGGACUUAGAAAAUAUCAGAUUUCUUGGUUAAGUUUUAUGUUUAGGUCAACUUCUUCUCUUAAACCAUCAAAGCUAUUGCUUUAAAACUUGCAACUGUUGUUCACCAUCAUAAGCUGACCCUGUAAAGCAAGCAACAUAACUCCAUCCUGCUUUUUGCAAUAAUUAUUGCCCCUUUUGGACUUAGAAAAAUCAUUUUCUUGGUUGAAGAUUAUGUUUAAGUCAACUUUUCUCAUAAACUAUCAAAGCUAUUGCUUUAAAACUUGCAACAGUUUUUCACCAUCAUAAGUGGACACUGUACAUCAAGAAACAUAACUCUAUCCUGCUUUUUGCAAGAAUGAUGGCCCUUUUUAGACUUAGAAAAUCAUGGGUAGGACAAUAUUUCUAUUAUACAAAAAAAAUCAGAUGAGCGUCAGCACCCGCAAGGCGGUGCUCUUGUUUGGACAUGACAUUGGAACUAUAUAAGAUAAUGAAUUGAAACUCAAAAUAUAUCUUUACCAUCAUCAUCAUUACCCCUUCCAUGCUUGACCUUUAACCCCUCUGAGUAGUAGGGUCUUUAAAGUAGAGGUCUUUUAUUGAGACAUAAAUUCAUUUUUCUGUCAAAUCGCCGAAUAGUGGAGCGCGCUGUCUUACGGACAGCUCUUGUUGUAUUUUAAAAUUGAAAUACUUAUUCUGUAUUUUAAAAUUAAACGAGCUAUUUUUUUGCCAAAUUUUACAUUCAAAAUAAAUAUGUAUGUAAAUAUUA